AUGCUACCCACUCUAGAUAAGCGGCGGAGCACUCGAUGGACACAGCCAGUACAGUUACUGAGACGUCGUUCGGGCCAUCAUGCAAACCAAUCGCAUUGCUCUUGUGUGAACAUAUUCACCUGUUCAGAUGUGAAAAUUCAGAUCAGUCUAGCGUGCGCUGUUCAAGUAGUGGUAACACGCUCGCCCCAAGUCAGAUGUUCGAAGUUCAAACUCGGGCACAGUCAACGAUAUACACUGCUGAUAAACCCUAACGAAGGUGAAACUCCAGUCCAGUCUUUCCCUCCUUUGGUAAUAAUUGCACCGGGACAAGAGGACGAUUGUUUAAAACAAGAGCGAUGUUUGAACCUGUCAGCCGAUCUGGGACCGAUCCAUUCACGACGGCGUGCUUACUCCAACAAAAUGAGCCCUGGCCAAAAUGGUUGCUAUCCCUCUUUCAGAUGGAUACAGGCGGGUCAAUCGAUCGAUACAACCAGGAUACUUACUUCAUCAUUGUUCGGAAUAUCGGGCAAAUCAAUCAUGCGUGAACAUAGUUGCCAUUUCAGAUGUAAAGAUGCAGAUGCGUCCCCCCGUGCUUUUGGAUCAGUUGUAACAAGAAAACUUUGCGUGUCAGACGCCCAAAGUUCAAAUCACCGCACUGCCAAGAAUUUGCACUGCUAG